GAUGCUGAUCUGGGUGACGAAUACGGAUGGAAACAGGUGCAUGGAGAUGUUUUUCGUGCGCCAUCGAUGCCUUUGCUUUUCGCCAGUUGUAUUGGCGCCGGCUACCAUGUGUUCACAGUAGCAGUGAUAACUAUUAUUCUUGCUAUUGUAGGGGAGUUCUAUACAGAACGUGGCUCGCUUCUCUCUGCGGCAAUAUUUGUGUACGCGGCAAGCUCACCUGUGAAUGGCUAUGCCGGUGGAUCGAUGUAUGCAAGAUUUGGUGGAAGGCACUGGAUUCGACAAAUGGCUCUUGGAGCUUUUCUUCUCCCGAGUCUGGUGUGUGGCGUUGCCUUCCUCAUCAACUUCAUAGCUAUUUAUUACCAUGCUUCUCGAGCUAUUCCCUUCACCGUAAUGUUGGCUGUCACUGCCAUUUGCCUGUUCGUCAUUCUUCCAUUGACACUCGUUGGAACUGUGCUUGGGCGUAACAUGUCCGGUCAAGGAGACUAUCCAUGCAGAGUGAACGCUGUUCCUCGCCCAAUCCCGGAUAAGAAAUGGUUUGUACAGCCUUGGUUGAUCGUGUUGAUGGGAGGUGUUCUACCAUUCGGGAGUAUCUUCAUUGAGAUGUACUUUAUUUUCACAUCAUUCUGGGCAUACAAGAUCUACUACGUAUACGGUUUCAUGCUUCUUGUAACAAUCAUUUUGGCAAUCGUCACUGUCUGCGUUACAAUUGUCUGCUCGUACUUCUUGUUGAAUGCUGAAGAUUAUAGAUGGAGGUGGACCAGUUUCAUGGCAGGUGCAUCAACUGCGCUUUACGUGUAUCUAUAUUCAGUUUAUUACUUUUUCUUCAAGACAAAGAUGUACGGUUUGUUCCAAACUGUCUUCUAUUUUGGCUAUAUGGGCAUCUUCUCUGCCGCUCUUGGUCUCAUGACUGGCACGAUCGGCUAUGUGGGAACGGCGAAAUUUGUGCGAAAAAUUUACUCGACAGUAAAAAUCGAUUAG